AUGACCCAGUCGGUGGUGGUGCAGGUGGGACAGUGCGGGAACCAGGUGGGAUGCCGUUUCUGGGACCUGGCGCUGCGGGAACACGCCGCCGUCAACAAGAAAGGAAUUUAUGAUGAAGCCUUAAGCAGUUUCUUUAGGAAUGUAGAUACAAGAAGUGGUGAUAAUGGUCCUGAUAUUUACAGAGGAAAAAUCUGCUCUUUAAAAGCACGAGCGCUGUUGAUUGACAUGGAGGAGGGUGUGGUAAAUGAAAUUCUACAGGGACCAUUGAGGGAUGUGUUUGAUAGCAAGCAGCUUAUCACAGAUGUUUCUGGUUCAGGAAACAACUGGGCUGUAGGUCAUAAGAUAUAUGGCUGUCAGUACCGGGAAAGCAUAAUGGAAAAGCUGAGAAAAACUGCUGAACAUUGUGACUGUCUACAGUGUUUCUUUAUAAUUCAUUCCAUGGGAGGUGGGACAGGAUCUGGUCUUGGAACUUUUGUACUAAACUUGCUUGAGGAGGAAUUCCCAGAAGUAUAUAGAUUUGUUACUUCAGUUUAUCCCUCUGGUGAAGAUGAUGUUAUUACUUCUCCAUAUAACAGUGUUCUGGCUAUGAAGGAACUUAAUGAACAUGCAGACUGUGUGCUACCAAUAGAGAAUGAAUCUCUGUUUGAGAUAGUUAAUAAAAUUCAUCAGAUGAUCAAUUCUGGGAAGUUAGGAUCAGCUGUGAAGCCAAACAGCUUGGUAACAUCAAGUGCAGGCAGUGCAAAAACAGUACCUGAGAAGCCAUUUGAUGCAAUGAAUAACAUCGUAGCCAACUUGCUGCUGAACCUGACCAGCUCUGCUAGAUUUGAAGGUUCCCUAAACAUGGAUCUUAAUGAAAUCAGCAUGAAUUUGGUUCCAUUUCCUCGACUUCAUUAUUUGGUUUCAAGCUUGACUCCUCUGUAUACACUGGCAGAUGUUAAUGUUCCAUCUAGAAGGUUGGAUCAGAUGUUCUCAGAUGCGUUUAGCAGAGAUCAUCAACUAAUUCAAGCAGAUCCAAAGCACAGCCUCUACCUGGCCUGUGCACUUCUUGUUCGAGGAAAUGUGCAGGUUUCAGACCUUCGCAGAAAUAUUGAAAGGUUGAAGCCUUCUCUGCACUUUGUCUCUUGGAAUCAAGAGGGCUGGAAAACUGGUUUGUGUUCAGUACCUCCUGUGGGUCAUUCCCAUUCCCUUCUGGCUUUAGCAAACAACACCUGUGUAAAACCGACUUUCAUUGAACUCAAAGACAGAUUUAUGAAGCUCUACAAGAAAAAGGCUCACCUUCACCAUUAUCUGCAAAUAGAUGGGAUGGAGCAAAGCUGUUUUUCAGAAGCUGUAUCCUCUUUGUCUGACCUAAUAGAAGAGUACAAUGAAUUGGAUGCUACAAAGGGUGGGCCUAGAAUAGAUGCUUCAAGACUGAAGAUAGCUGUUUAAAGAAGGAAGAACUGAUUUAAAAAACAAUAACAACAAAUAAGCACUUUCCCUAAACAUCCAGCCACUUCAGUUAACCAGAAUGACUUCCAACUUGUCUGGCUAUUGUAAUUCCAAAGUGGGACCAGCAGAACAGCUUCCUUUCCUCAAGAGUGGUCAUUAGGUGGGGAGCCAUGCCUGUGAGAAAGAUUUAAAGGCACCUAAUUGUGGCUGGUAUCAGUAAGGACAGUAAUCCUAACUGUGGAGUAAAUUGACACACAAUAUGCUGUGAAGAAUAGGAGGAGAGGUUGCAUGUAGCAGCCAAAAAUGUAAUUGUUUUCUCAGACUUUCAACUUCCAGUAAACUAAAGGUUGGUCUUGCUUCAAGGAAGGAUUACCAUUGCUAGAUUUAGUUUUUAACAAGCAACUACGAAGAGAAGAAAAGCCCAUGUAGUCUUUUCAAAGAUGAAAGCAAGUCUCUAAUGAAACUGCUUUCUUACACUUUGCAGCAGACAUUUCAGAAUGCUCUAAGCUAUGUUUCUCAUUUUGGUAU